UAGUAGUCGAUCGGUUUAUUGGAUAUCAUACAAAUAAUUUUUUUUUUAAACACAAUUUUAAAAGUAGCAUCGUUCAGUCCCAAGAUUUUAUCCGCUCUCAAUAGAUAUUUCGUUACAGCAAAAAUUGUUUCAAAAUGAUUGGAGUGCUUGUCAAUAAAACGUCUCUGAGCCUUGUCGCUGGCUUGGCCAGCGUCGCAUUUGUCGGCUAUUGCGUUUAUUUCGACAGCAAGCGCCGCAACCACCCCGAAUUCAAGAAAAAGCUCUACGAGCGUCGUCGUCGCAAUCGGAAGCCCGAUCAGCACGAAGGUGUGCCCAUCUUGACCGAUCAGCGCUCUAUCGAGCGCUACUUUAUGCAGGAAAUCCACAAGGGCGAACUUCUAAUCACCGAGGGAAACUUCGAGCGAGGAGCCGAUCAUCUGAUGAAUGCGAUCGUCGUCUGCAACAAGCCUGGCAAGCUGCUCAGUGUGCUGCAGUCUACUCUACCGGUAGAGGUUUUCUCUCUGCUCGUUUACAAGUUGAACAAUUACAAUAUGAACGCCCAGAGGCAGACAAGUAUAAAUGAUAAUUUAAUGACUGGACUCGUUGCUGACGACGGAAGUGUGGAAUAGCCCAUCCAAAUCGUCGACAAUUUAAGCUCCCAAAUUCCUGUUCGUUUACUCUUUCAACAUUACAGUUAAUACGUUUCAUCAAUUAUACAUACAUAUAUGUAUAUAUA